AUGGCUGAACCUGCAAAGUAUACACUCAAUAGUGACAUGGGCUGUUGCUUCAUAGCCUCAUUCUUCCAACUCAAACCAAAAAAUGGUGUCCAUCUUCAGGACAGCCCAAACAAGAAGAAGCAACUCAUAAUUACUACCUCAAAAACACCUAAUAAACCCCAAGAAAUCCCAAGGCUGCCUUCAAACUACAAGAAACCGGAAAAUAUCGUGCUUUCGGGCCAAUUAGGCAAUGUGAUCAAGCGGCGGCAGGGGCAAUUCGGUAAAAUGAACCAAAAUGUUGUUACUAAGACACCGGGCCAUACUCACAUAUUGCUCGGCCCGAAAGACCGGUUUCGGGCCGAUUCUCUGAAGUCGUUGGGGAAUGUCAAAUACAAGCAAGGAAAGUAUGAAGAGGCACUUGCAUUUUAUGACCGAGCAAUUUCCAUUGAUCCAAACAGGGCUUGCUAUUAUGGGAAUAAGAGUGCUGCUUUAAUUGGAUUGGCCCGUUUUGUGGAGGCCCUUUUUCAGGGCUUAGAGGCGGUUAGAAUAGAUUCUACGUAUCAUAACGUGCACUAUCGGCUGGCAAAACUUUAUUUACGAUUGGGAGUAGCUGAGGAAGCGAUUAGCCAUUAUAAGUGCUCGGGACCAAGGGCAAAUCCGGAAGAUAUUGCUCGAGCUGUAAAUCUUAGGAGUUGUAUAGUGAGGUGUAUUGAAAGUAAGAAUAAUGGACAUUGGAAAGCAGUGCUUGGGGAGAGUCAACUUGCGUUGUGUCUUGGAGCUGACUCAGCUCCACAGAUUUACGCGAUGAAAGCAGAAGCUCUAAUGGAACUCCACAGACACGAAGAAGCAUUUUCUGCCACGCAAAAUGCACCACAUUUUAGCGUAAAACUCUAUACCGAAUUCUUAGGCUCGGCUGCGACAGCUGGCAUAUUACGAGUUCGCGCGCUGGUUUACACGGCCAACGGCAGAUUUGAGGAUGCAGUGAAAGAUAUUGAACAGGCAUUACGGCUCGAUUCAGCGGAGAGCGUGAGGUUGACUUCAGAAAAAGUCAAAUUUGUGGCAUUAUCUCGACUGAAUGGCAACCGGCUGUUCAAAGAGUCCAAGUUUAUGGAGGCUUUAAUUGAAUAUAGUAAAGGACUUGAGAUAGACUGUUACAACUCUGUUCUACUGUGCAAUCGAGCUGCAUGCCGGUUUAAACUAAAACAAUAUGAAAAGUCAAUUGAGGAUUGUACGCAAGCUAUUGCCGUUCGGCCUUCUUACUCCAAGGCCAGAUUACGCAGGGCCAACUGCCAUGCUCAGUUGGAAAAAUGGGAGGCUGCAAUUGAAGACUAUGAGAUACUAAUUCGAGAAAAUUGGGAAGACCAAAAUGUAAGAGCUUCCCUAAUAGAAGCUAAGAUAGAGCUCAGCAAAAUGCAAAAUGGCUGUAAAUUUAGAAGACAAUUCCAGCAUAGUCAAGUGAGAGACGUUCCAACAUUUAAAAUAUACAGAAAUGGUUCACAAGGUGAGGAAAUCAAAGACAGACUGAUUCAUACACCGAACAUAAACAGAACAUAUACUGAAAAUAACAACAGAUCCAGGCGUCAGAUGUUGGUCGGAAAUCGUGGGUCACUGGGUUGUGUUGCGAGAAGCCGGACAAGGCUGGUGUCAUGCUCAGCGGAGGAUGAGGCUCGUCGGGGAGGGUCAGGCGUACAAUUGCCGAGCGACAUGAGUUCGAACUCGCCGAGAUUGGAUGCUCUUGCGGCGGGUGGCUCGCCGGAGAUGAAGAGAGAAUUUUUCUUCUCGGAAGAUGAAGCUUUCUUCUCGGAAGGAUAA